AUGUUCGCGAUAUUUCAGUGCACGUUCCUCUCGUGGCUGCUCUUACGCGUUUCAGAUUGUGCUCGUUCGACAGGCAACGUCGUCUAUCCAAGGCUUCUCGAGGCAAGAGGACUGGACGCUGACAAGGUUUUGUACAUUCAAGAUGACAUUGUUCUCAAUCUGCAAAAGACUUCAGUGCUCUCAGAAAGCUUUGUGUUUAGCAAUAACAAUAAUGGAAGAAGAGUCGACAAACUUAUGAACGGAAAGGAGCUUGAAGCAAACAUGUAUCACGAUCGAGCCCGAAUGGCGUCAGUUACCUUAGAAGAAAAGGAAGGCAGAGUUGAAGUGAAAGGAAUUGUUAGCGAGACGCUAAGAAUUGCCCCUCUUCCUCUAAGUGCCCGAUCAGAAGACGGUCAUAUUCCCCACGAAUUACUUCAACUGGAUCAACGUCACCAAGGUAGAGGCAGAUUUCAAGCUCGUUCAGGACUUCAGCGCAAUAAUAUUUUUCAUGCAGAACUGAAAAUUGUGGUCGAUGAUAAUCACCGAAGUGCCUUCGGAUCCGAUCAAGAUUUAGUAGAAUAUUUAGCGACCUGUAUGAAACUGGUAAACAUUCGGUAUGAAGACACAUCAGAUCCAAUGGUCCAGUUCCUGCUAACCACAGUUGAAGUAGCGGAUCCUCGUUUUGAUGAGGUGUUCUCCAGCUAUGAUGUGGAAUGCCCAAGCCGUUCAACCAAAACUUACAUGGACCCAGUCAGGAUGAUUAACAAAACUGUAGAGUUGUAUGGAAACAGUAGCGAGGAUAUUACAGUUUUCGUCACAUCGGUGGACCUUGCAGAUAACUUCAAUAACAUCGUCUACAACUAUGUGUUAGGGCAAGCGAAAUUUCGAGGUCUCUGCAGUAAAGACAGGCGUGUUGCGAUUGUGGAGGACACGCCACCCUUCUACACGUUAGUUCAAAUAAUAGCACAUGAGCUUGCACAUACACUUGGAGCCACUCACGAUGGAGACGAUCCUCUCAAGAAAAUAUACAAUAUGACAGAAGACAAUUGCCCCUCUAAGGGGUACAUGAUGUCACCUUAUGCCCAUGGGAACAAUAACGGGCACUUCUCAAAUAUUUCACUUAAACAGAUGAAGGAAUUUAUCGGGAAAUUAGACCAAAAAUGCAAAGAAGUUACAUUGGACACGGCAAAUAAGACUACAAAAGUGCUGCCGGGAACGAAUUUGAAUUUAACGAAGUACUGCCACCUCAAACAUCCAAACUUUCCUCGUAUCUCCCUAUUUCAGGACGAUAAUAUGAAGCAGAAUUGCCGAUUUCAAUGCUGCCCGGAAAACUUUUAUUCCUGUUUUGACGAAAUCGCCGUAGAUGGAAUGCCCUGUGGGGAUCGAAAGAUAUGCUUCAGAAACAAAUGCGAUACGCAUGAUCAUCUCUCUCCAAACAGGACCGUGAACGUCUCUAUGUUAAUUGCGGUGAAGUCUUACAACACAAGCCAUCCACGUGAUUUGAAUACGCGCCCCACUUAA